UUUGGCUUUCAAUCACAACUUUCAACAGAUUGUAAUAAAAUUCCUGAUAAUAAUAAAGAUAAUAAAUUUUCAUCAGAAUUCCUAUCCUCCAUUAAUUCAUCCCAACAAUUACAUCCGUGUAAUAAUAAAUCCUGUUCAUCCACUUAUUCUUGUUCACAUUGUCAUUGUUAUGAUCAUUCUACUACAACAUGCUACACUAGUAAUAAUAGUACACCGUCCAAACCAAUUUUUAUUGAUCCUACAGAUUUUCAAACUCAUCAACCUACACAAUCAUCAGUAACAUUUCCAUCAUAUCAUUAUUAUUUUCCAUUGAAUACAAAAUCAACUAAUAUUCCUACAUUGCAUGCAAAUAGUAUUAGUGAUCGUCGCAAUACAUAUUGUCAAUCAUCUCAAGCUUUAUAUAAUCAAAAUAUUUCAUCAUCGGUUUCAACUACAAAAGAUUUCAAAUGGCUACGUCGUAAUAAACCGUUAAAAAUUUUUGGUCAUCGUUUUUCAUUGGAAACCCAACCACAUUCAUCUUCACCUACAACAACACCAGCGUCAAUUACACCGCAAACUGCUCCGCCAUCUGACUCUUUUCUUUCCUCUUUUAUUACACCGAAAAAGUUUAUGUCACCAGUGGACAAUUGCAAUUCAACAGUACUUAGUAAAUCGAAUCUAUCAGGCAAUAAUUAUUUGUCGACAUCAAUGCAUUUUGAAACGCAACAAUUACCUAUUACACGUCAACAGUCUUCAAUACGACAUAUGACUGGUUGUUCAUUAUUUGUAAAUAAUAGUGGUAAUAACACUUUGAAAUCCAUAUUUUUUAAUAAUAACAAUAGUACAAAAACAAAAGCAACAAAUACCAUUGUCUCAUCAUCAUCUAGACCUCAAUAAAAUGGAUAUUCAUUGAGGUUUUUUUAUUGAUUCAAUCACAUAUGUAUUCUCUUGUUGUAUUUCACACUACUCUAUCUCUCUCUCUGUUGAAUCAAUAGUAGAUUAUGAAUUUCAAUGGUCAUCAUUUAUGUCUAUAUUGAAAUGCGUCAUUUCAUUUGAUAAAUUGUUUAUAAUUUAUAAAAUAAUCAAAAAAUAAUAAUAAUAAUAAUAGAAUAGAAUAGAAAAUGAUGAGAUUAUGUUACAUUUGUCAUCAUUAAUCAGGAUAAUGAUAAUAUAUUUUUCAAUUGGGAUCACUUUUUAUAAUAUACUUUGAUUGAAUAAAAAUCAAUAAAUAAGUGAAUAAACACUGGAAGAUCAUGAAAGAUAUAUGCAGAAUGAAUUACUUUUUAAUUCCUCAACUUGGCAUUCAUUAUCCAUCGAUGAGACACAACUGGCGGCCACCCUAUUCAUAAUAUACAAUUUUUUUAUCUUCAUCAAUCAAUCAAUCAUUUAUUUCUAUAUUCUUUUAUUUUCACUAUUAAACAUUUUUUUUGUAAAAUAGACUAUCAUCCUAUUACACUUUGUGUUAUUAAAUCAAAAUCAUUGCAAUAAUUUAUUUACUAAUUUUUUUUUUAAAAAUUCAUUUUCAACAUCCACUUUGUUUAAAUGAUCCAACUUCUAUUGACUUGUUUUGACUAACGAAAAACAAACAAAAAAAAGGCACAUCACUUUAGAAUUCUUUAAUGGUUUGUUUUUUUAACUCUAGUUUAUUGUCAAUUUGUUUUAUGACUUUUAUGUCUUAUAGACAAACAUGAACAAUCAUUGUUGAUGUGUGUUUGCUGCCCAACAGCAGCAUCAAAACGUCAUCUCAAUCAUGAUUAUCUUAUUGAUUUGUUCACUUAUUAUUAUUUAUCAUACAUAGCUUCUUCGUUUGUUUACUGAUUGAUUAAUAUCACAUUGUAUAAUGGUGUCUUUCUACUUUUUUUUCGUUUUGUUUUAUCUCUUCUCCAUGGAGCUGAAAUCUAUUUGAGUAAUGUAGUGAGUGAGGAGUGCUUAAUGAUAAUAUAAUUCUAUACAUAUAUAUAUAAGAAUAGACAAUUGAAUGUUGUUGAUAAUUUUUAACCCAAUUAUAAUUCUCCUCUCUCUCUCACACACACACACAAACAAACACACUGUGUAAAGACACAUCACUCAUUUUCCCUGUACUCUUUUUUAUUUAUUAUUAUUAUUAUUUCUAGUCAUUACGUGUCAGGAGAUUGUUAUCUCAUUAUUAUUAUUAUCCUCAUCAUCAGCAUCAUUAUCAUCACCAAUGAUGUUUUGUUUAAAUGUCUUUUAUAAAUGAAUAAUGAAUUAAUUG